UUCUACCCUUUUUUUUUUGCACCAAGUGAGUAGCGCUCAAAUCUCGUUGUACACUGUACAAGGACAAUAAAGGCUAUUCUAUUCUAUUCUUUACUCUUGCAGGAGAGUUCCGUGUUGCGGUCCGCUCUGUAUAGUUGAAACCCAGCCAGCUCAAGCGCGGAAUCUGGUGUCGUGAAGCACAGGACAGCGGAGGAGGAAACAUCUAUGUUCUUUUACACAAGUAGUUGAAGUUCGUCUACUUUGUUGGGCAGUGAGCUCACGUUAGAGAGGAAUAUGCCGGUAUGAUGUCCGCGGCGGCGCAGCCGUACGAGCGCACCGGCUCGUUUCCCCCUCUUCUGACCCUUCGCUGCUUUGGUAAUGACCAGGUUCGCCUUUAAGUAAAAUGUCCGUUGAAGAGGCGAGAAACUCGGGGAAUAAAUCCAGUGGAGUUGUUGCACGGAUGUUUAUAAGUCCAUCCCUGGUGUAAAAGUUCUGGGAACCAGAGCCAACACCGGUGGUAAAAACACAAAAACAGUAGAAGGAGCGCUGUACCAAACACCGUGUCCGCAGCGCCAUCGAGUGAUACAAAUGCGUGUCAGUGAAUUUCAGCCCAGUGUGUGUUUGUGUUUUCCUUCAGUUUGAUCUCGACUCCAUCUGGACCUUUGUCUUUGGCAUCUCAGCCUCCAGUGGGACGGUGCUUAACUCCAUUCACAGCUUCUGCACUGAGGCUGCGUUUCUGCUGCUAGCCAUGCUCCGCAGCAUGCUCAACCUGCUGUGGCAGUCGGAGGAGAAGGGUUCUUGGGUCAGAGAAUACCCUCUCACAUUAAUGCAGUUCUUCAGGUACCUGUACCACAACGUAGCUGACCUGGGGUCUAUGUGGCACAGUCCAGAUUUCCUGUGUGCUUUGGCUGCCUCAGUCUUUCCCUUCAACAUCAGACCCUACUCUGAAAUGGUUAGUGAUCUGGAUAAUGAAGCCGGUUCACCCAUCGAGGAGUUCAAGGCUUUCACUGGAGACUCGGGAAUGAAUCGCAGUCAGUCUGAGUACUGCAACGUUGGCUCCAAGACCUCACUGACCAACCACCCAGCCAAGAAGUACGUCUUUGACUUCAUGAGAGUCCUGAUUAUGGACAACCUGUGCAUGACUCCUGCCAGCAAACAGACACCGGUCAUUGACCUUCUGUUAGAGGCAUCACCAGAGCGUUCUACCAGGACACAGCAGAAAGAGUUUCAGUCCAGUGUCCUGGACGGAGUCAUGAAGCAUCUACUGGCUGCUGACGUUUUAUUAGGUAAGCUUGUGAUCUAUGUGAAGUGUUUGUGUUAGUUGUUAAUUAACUGUUUCAGGUUUUUAGCAGUUCAAAUUAGCACUGAACAUUCAGAUUAGCUGUUGGCUCUUCACUUUAGUUGUUAGUUUUACUUCUCCGCAAUCUCCAACUGUCCUACCUGAUCUUUAUUCAAGUGAAAUAUGUUGCGAUCCAUAUUAGAUGUUAGUUGUUAUCUUUUAUUGGCUGUUAACCAUUAAGAACAACUAUUAGCUUUUUAUUACCACAAUAACUAUUCAUCUGAUCUCUUUGCAAUGAUGAUGUCUAUUUUCUGU